AUGUGGACGACCUUUCUUUCUGUGGCAGCUGGGCUAGCCAGUCUGCCAUUGACUCGUGCCUUUAACAAUCCCCCAGGGGUGGACAUCUGGUGCGGCAAGGCCUAUCGAGCAAGCAAUGCUUCAUUCAACCCUGGUGGCUGGUUCGAGCAGCCCUCGUACUCUUCCACCCCCCUGCUCAAUCUCAAGGUCCGGCCACGGAUGAGCAUCUAUCUCGAGACAGAUGCAAAGGGUAGCCUUCUCGUCGACACCACCGUCUCUCACCUCGUUGGUGAUCCUCUACCAGUACAGACCAGCACAAACUACACAGACCAGCACAUCCAUGUCAACAUCGACAUUUCCGCCGACAAGACCCCAAUUGCAUCUAUCACCAACUAUACCCUCCCUCUUGACAUCACCAAAGCCGAAAUUCCCCUCUCCUUUGACGACCUUACCCCAAAGCUAACCCCCUACACCAUCACCACCACCGCAUCCCUCUCCAACAGCAUCACCAACACCACCUUCACCACCUCCUCCGAACUCUUCUACCUCCCCCAGCGCACUGAUGGCGGCAGCGCCACCCGCAUCGACCACCGCACGGGCAUGCUCUCCUACAUCCGUAACCAAUCCGUAACCUGGACUCCAAUCUUCCCCUACACAUACUACGCCCAAUGGUCUCUCUACUGGGACACCAACACCACAACUCUAACCACCUUCGCCUCCCAAGGCUACAAUGUAAUCCACAUCGUUCCCACCGGGACCCUCAGCGACACCCCCUUCCCCUGGUCCACCUUCACCCCCUAUCUCACUUCAUCCGACAUGCACAACCUCCACCUCCAAUACGACGUCCUCUUCGACCCGACCAACCUCACCAAGCUCACCGACCAAGUCUCCCACAUCCACACCCACCCCUCCCUCCUCC